AUGUCUGCAUCUCCGACAUCCGCUGUUCCGUCAACGAAACGUCCUCUUGAGGACCCCUCAUCCCCAUCAGGACCCACGGAUCAACCUGACGCAAAACGUCCCGCCUUGGAUAAGGUCGUAAAGGGGGAAGAAGAAGCAUCAAAGCUAGUGCAAGAGGCUGGAACUCCUGUGACGGACACUGCCAAGUCAGACACUACAGCACAGCCUGCCGCUGCUGCUACGGGAGAAAAUGGUGCAAAGGACGAGCAAGGUGAUGUUGUUGUUACUGAUGCACCUCAUGCCAAUGGGAAAAGCGCAUCCGCUGCUCAAAUACUGGAAACCCAGCCCAUUCAGUCCACAGCUUCACAAAAUGACCGCUCGUCAUCACAGCCUCCUUCACAGCACGCUACCCAAGACGAGAGUGGAUGGAUUCAUAUUCGAGCUGUGAUCUCUAGUGCUGAGGCAGCAACUUGUAUUGGCAAAGGAGGUGAAAAUGUUUCACAGAUUCGUCGUCUAUCGGGCGCCAAGUGCACUGUGAGCGACUAUUCUCGUGGCGCAGUUGAAAGAAUUUUAACUGUCAGUGGCAUGCAAGAUGCAGUUGCUAAGGCUUUUGGUUUGAUUAUUCGUACUCUUAACAAUGAACCCCUUGAGGCACCCUCCACAGCCCAGUCAAAGACAUAUCCUCUCCGCCUCCUCAUUCCCCACCUACUCAUUGGAUCCAUUAUCGGGAAAUCUGGAGUUCGCAUUCGCGAAAUCCAGGAGGCUUCCGGUGCUCGUCUUAAUGCUUCUGAUUCAUGCCUUCCUCUUUCCACUGAACGGACACUUGUUAUUCUGGGUGUUGCUGACGCAGUUCACAUUGCAACUUAUUACGUUGCGGUGACUUUAGUAGAACAACUGACUGAGAGAUUUGGGGGACCAGCUGCUUCCGCUUAUGCCACCCGCAGUGGUGGUGCCGCUGGCGUUGUACCUGGAGGUAUGCAAGUGGUUCCUUACGUCCCCCAACCAGCCGGUGGACAAUACGGACAUCCGGACACCUUCAAGAGACAUCAACCUCCAGGAAACCGGGUUGUGUCCACCGGUGGUUACGGCGUACCGUACGUCCACGGCCAACCGGGCCAGCCUCAAAUGCCACAUCAAGCACUUCAUUACGGUUCAUCCUCCCGUCCCGGCUACUCUGGAGCUGGCCCUCAUCAGCCAGCGCCUUACGGAGCUCCCCAGCCCGCACCAGUCCAUGGUGGGCCAAGUGCUCAGCCUGCUGGCGGGGUUGUUCCAGGAGCACCGGUGACGCAGCAGAUCUUUAUUCCUAACGAUAUGGUGGGUGCUAUCAUUGGAAAAGGAGGCGCUAAGAUCAAUGAAAUACGCCACCUUAGCGGUAGUGUCAUCAAGAUCAACGAGCCUCAGGAUAAUAGCAAUGAGCGCUUAGUUACUAUCACGGUUUUACCCUACCCCCCCUGUGAAUUCUUCUGCUAA